AUAUCCAAUUGAAUUGUGUUGUUUAGUUAAGUUUGGCCAACUCUCUUUAUCAUCCAUCCCCUGCUUGAUAUUCUUCUUCCUCAUUUCCUCUUCUUCAAUGAAGAAAACUAACAAAACAGAGUCUCUGAAAUGUCAGUAACACCCUGUUCCCCCACCAUUGUGAUUGUUGUCCUUGUUUUAGUUUCGCUCAUACUGUGGUUUGAUGUUGUUACGGCGCUUGGGUCGGCCUCCACCGUCGCGAUCACAUUUGGAACUUCCACCGUGUGUGGCAUCAUUGCAGGGGAGACGACCCAGAGAAUCCAGUGUUAUCAAAAUGGACAGAGCAUUUGGGUUUUUCCCGAUAUCUCGUUUGCGCAAAUCUCAGGUGGGGAGAGCUUCUUCUGCGGUCUCAGGUCAGGUGGACUUACUCUUCUCUGUUGGAAUACUACCAAUCCGGUGUAUUCAACGUUCAUGCUCAGACGAAUAUAUUUCAGCCAAAACGUUUCGCUGACGGACCUAGCUGUCGGUGAUGAUCAGGUUUGUGCCAGAGAGGUGGACUCCGGACUAGCUCGAUGCUGGAGAGGCGGUGGCAAUGGGAACGGCGGUUUACCAUUUUCACCACCGGGGGAAGGUUUUAAAUUUAGUACAAUCACGUCUGGAAAGGGUUUUAGCUGUGGGAUUUUGAAGAACAGCAGUGGGGUUUUGUGUUGGGGUGGGAAUGGGAUUGCAUCAGAAAUUCAGACACAAUUUGGGAACUUGUCAAUGUUGAGCUUGGUUGCCGGAGAGUCUCAUGUUUGUGGUCUGACCAGGACAGGAUCUUUGGUCUGUAAAGGCAACAAUGAGACCGGACAACUUGAUGUUCCUUCUCCGAGCUCAGCUUUGGAGUUCUCCGGUCUUGCAUUGGGAGCAAACUUCACUUGUGCUCUCCGGCGAAGAAAUGGAUAUGCAGUAUGUUGGGGAGGAGGAUCAAACAGAUUUGAAGAAGUACAACAGGUUCAGUUUGAGUCCAUAGUUGCCGGUUUAGAUUUCGUUUGUGGCCUAACCACUGGGAAUUUGUCUGUGCUUUGUUGGGGUCCAGGGUGGUCUGAUGGGAAUAGUUCAGCGAGCUAUCUCCCUUUGGGAACUAUAAUUCCAGGUCCUUGUGUUCAGUCUCCAUGUGCUUGUGAUUUAUAUCCGGAUUCUGAGACUCUCUGCGGUGGAUCAGGGAGCAUUUGCAGAUCAUGCCAGCUGCAAUUGCCAAUUGCAUCGCCAUCACCAGAUUCACCACCACUACAACCACCGGACCUCCCAUCAAAGCCACCGCCGCCACCACCACCACCAGCGGUAAAGCCACUUCCUGUGAUACCUGCACCAACAAAGUCCAGCAACAAGCUUUCUUUGGGUCUUAUGGUGGUUGGAUCAUUUGGGGGUUUUGCAGGCAUCUGUGCCGUUGCCUAUUGCUUGUGGGCAGCACCAUGUGGGUGCUUGCACAACAAAAUGGCUAAUUCUGUGCAGCCAUCUACGGCUGCAGAUGCUGAGAGAGUCGCUGCAGAUGCUGAGGGAGUCGCUGCCGCUGCUGAUAACAAUGUUUCUUUACCUACAGGACUAAGAUCGUGUUCAACCAGGUAUACAAGCUUUGGAGGACUACGCUACCACAGAACUGAAUCAACAUCAUCAAAGUAUGCAGAGAAAACGCAACACUUUUCACUAUCACAGCUUGCUGCUGCCACAAACAAUUUCUCAUUGGAAAACAAGAUUGGCUCCGGUAGCUUCGGGACUGUUUACAAAGGUAAGCUUCCUGAUGGCCGUGAAGUGGCCAUUAAGAGGGGCGAAACUUCAACAAGGAUGAGGAAAUUCAAAGAGAAAGAAAGUGCAUUUGAAUCAGAACUAGCAUUGUUAUCACGGCUCCACCACAAGCAUUUAGUGGGAUUAGCUGGAUUCUGCCAAGAAAAUGAUGAGAGACUUCUGGUUUAUGAGUACAUGAGCAAUGGGUCACUCCGUGAUCAUUUGCAUAGCAAGAACAACGUUGAAAAGAAUAGCAGCAUUCUGAAUUCCUGGAAAAUGAGGAUCAAAAUCGCAUUGGAUGCAGCUAGAGGGAUUGAGUACCUCCACAAUUAUGCAGUGCCACCAAUAAUUCAUAGAGACAUAAAGUCUGCAAAUAUACUGUUGGAUGCAAAUUGGAUGGCUAAAGUUUCAGAUUUCGGAUUAUCGCUGAUGGGGCCUGAAUCUGAUCAGGAAUUUAUGUCCACAAAGGCAGCUGGAACAGUUGGAUAUAUUGAUCCAGAGUACUAUGUGUUGAAUGUACUAACAGCUAAAAGUGAUGUUUAUGGAUUAGGGGUGGUGUUGUUGGAGCUCCUAACAGGAAAAAAGGCUGUAUUCAAAAAUGAAGAGGAUGAAACAUGUCCAAUGGGGGUGGUAGAAUAUGCAAGCUCCCGGAUACAAGCAGGGGAUCUCUGGUCAAUUUUGGACAGAAGAGUAGGGCAGCCGGAGAUCCAUGAGGCAGAGGCAGUGGAGCUAAUGGCUUAUGUUGCUGCGCAUUGUGUGAAUUUAGAGGGAAACGAAAGGCCUAGCAUGACUGAUAUUGUUGCUAAUUUGGAGAGAGCACUGGCUUUUGUUGAGGAUAGUCCUUCCAGCUUCUCUAAUAGAGCCAUAUCUAUUUCUUCAGAUUAACAUUUUCAUUCAAACAAGUAGUUUCCUCCAUUUUUUUCCCCCACAUAAUUGAAUUUC